UUUCAGUCAUUUAAAAACCAUGUGAGAAAAUCAUGGCUUGCCGCGCCGCUCCCCGCUCGCAGCCCCGUGCCUCGCUCCUCUCCGAACGUGGUAAAAAUAUCCAGCCCUACAGAGACUGAACGGUGCGUUGAGUUUCUGAUUGCUGUUUUCCAAAAGCAUGCUGGAAGGGACGGUAACAACAGCAAACUCUCCAAGGCCGAGUUCCUUAUUUUCAUGAAUACAGAGCUGGGUGCCUUCACAAAGAACCAGAAGGACCCUAGUGUCCUUGACUGCAUGAUGAAGAAACUGGACCUCGACUCUGAUGGGCAGCUAGAUUUCCAAGAAUUUCUUAAUCGUAUUGGCGGCCUGGCCGUAGCUUGCCAUGACUCCUUUAUUAAGUCUACCUCUUCCCAGAAGUAAAUCAGAGGAGCCUUUGGGCCUGACCUGCAGCCCCACUCCCUUUCCUUCAGCCUCCCAAUUAUCAUCUACCCCUCACAGCCCACACAUACCCUGAGCCAGGCACACCCACCACCCCAUGCAGGCCACUUCUGCUGGUAGUAAUGAAAUAAUAUUGUUUUUUAAAGCACACACUGGAGAGUCAGUAAAUGUGUGCAAGGGAGGGAGAUGACUGGGAGGAAUAUAAAUUAGAUUGAUGGAAACAGUAACCAGAAGUUGCAAAGUAAAUAGUAAAAAUGCAGCUUGGGUGUAUACAUAAUCAUGACUAAUGAUACCAACAUAAUCAUCUCUAAAUUAUUCAAACUGAUGGAGAGACGUCACUUAUUGUUCACUCAUUAAAUGUCUAUACACCCCUACUACAGGCACUGUCAUACACUCUGAGGAUACAGCAAGACAGACAAGGUCCUGCCUUCACUGAGGUUACCUUCUAGUGUGUGUGGGGGAAACAAUAAGUGAAUAAAGAACUAUGAGAGUGAAAAAAAAAACACUUAAGAAAAUCAGUAAGUAGUGCAUAGCAGCACUCUCCAAUAGACACAACGUGUAAGCCCCAUCGGUAAAUUUUAAAUAUAUUGUAAUAGUCCCAUUUAAAAAGAAGAAACAGGUGAAAUUAAUUUACUAUUUGUCCCUAUAUAUCCCAAAUGUUACCACUUUGACAUGUUGUUUAUAUAAAAAAAUCACAAUUGAGAUAUUCUGCUUUCUUUUUAUACUAUGUCUUUGAAAUCCAGUGUGUGUUUUACAUUUACAGUACAUUUUAAUUUGCUGUAGCCACAUUUCAAGUGCUCAUUUGCCACAUGUAGCCAGCAAGUGGCUGUACAGGACAAGGCAGCUCAAUAGCCUUGGUGCUUUGGUCAGGUGUUCUGUCCUCCCUCCCUUUAUUACAUGUAUCCUCUUCCCUUUCCCUGUGCUUCUAUCCUUGUGUAGCUUCUUGUCCUCAAGGAAAUUAGAUGUGCUGGGAAGAGCAGCAUCAAAGUCAGAAUAGAGAGAAGGAGACAAGGUGAAGACUGGCCAGAGAUAAUAACACCUGCAUUAUUGUGUGGUGGAUUGGGAGGUGGGAGGGGUCUCACAUUAGGAGCCUCUGCACUUGUGGUUUGUUGGCUUUUUCAGAGAGGCUUGCCCUGAUGCCUUGGUGAACACCUGUUUUAUGACUUACUGCUGUCCUUAGGUUUUUUGGUGCUCAUGUUGUCCCAGAUGUGGCCAAUAAUAGUCCCUUCAGGAAAGUUCCUGCCAUCCCUGUGACAUGCCUUCAUCAUUUUCAGUAUAAGAUGUUAUAAACUCAUCUUGUUUCUACCCUGAAAUCAGCCCCGAAAUCAGCCAUAUUUCUGCAGGUCCAAAGAACUGGUUCAUAUUAGUAGGGGAUGCUAUUCAGGACCAAAUCUGAGUGCCAGGUGUGCUCACUGCUACUAGGUUGUCUACUGCUGAGCUAGGAAAUAAAGGCGCAUGUAUAAACACUUACAUAGAUACACACAAAAAGGUAUAUGGGUGCAUAUACAUACACAGAAAUACCUCCCAUUCCAAUCUGUGACUCUCCGUAUUUUUAUGUCCCUCUUCAAUAGCGAGAAUGCUAAGACCCCUAAAAUAAACAUACUAAUUUGCUGAAUUCUAAAAUACUUGUAAAAUAGUUUCAGAGUUGCUUUUCUCAAACCACUACAAAA